GAUUCUCCGCAUCAAAUGGAUAACAUUAACACCAUGUGGGCGGUCUUGUGUGUGCUGGUGUGGUUCCUGGUGGGAGGGUCAGCCGCAGAGCAGUGCGGAAGACAAGCAGGGGGUGCCUUGUGCCCCGGCGGCCUCUGCUGCAGCCAAUAUGGUUGGUGCGGUUCCACAAAUGAAUACUGCGGCACUGGCUGCCAAAGCCAAUGUGGCACCGCCCCUCCCUCCGGUGGCCUCUCCGACAUCAUCUCCGGUGACACCUUCAACCAGAUGCUCAAGCACCGCAAUGACGCUGCCUGCCCUGCCAGAGGCUUCUACACCUACGAUGCCUUCAUUGAAGCCGCCAAGUCUUUCCCCGCCUUCGGAAGCACCGGCGAUGUUGCCACGCGCAAGAGGGAGAUCGCGGCUUUCCUCGGUCAAACUUCCCACGAGACCACCGGCGGUUGGGCCAGCGCUCCCGACGGUCCUUACGCGUGGGGUUACUGUUUCAACCAGGAACAGAAUCCGGCGAGCAGUUACUGUGCCCCCAGCACUCAGUAUCCAUGUGCUGCCGGCAAGCAAUACUACGGCCGCGGACCCAUCCAACUCUCCUGGAACUACAACUACGGGCCAUGCGGAAGUGCGAUAGGAGCGGACUUGCUCAACAACCCGGACCUGGUGGCUAGUAAUGCUGUGAUAUCCUUCAAGACAGCUCUGUGGUUCUGGAUGACAGCGCAGUCGCCGAAGCCAUCGUGCCACGACGUCAUUACGGGGAGAUGGACACCCUCCGGCGCUGACACGGCGGCGGGUCGGCUUCCAGGGUACGGAACCAUCACCAACAUCAUCAACGGAGGGCUGGAGUGCGGGAGGGGCCAGGACUCGAGGGUGGCGGAUCGCAUUGGAUUUUACAAGAGAUACUGCGAUAUACUGGGUGUCGGCUAUGGCUCCAACCUCGACUGCUAUUCCCAGAGGCCAUUCGGCUCUUCCUCGCUCAUCGACGUCAUCUAGAUGAUGACACCUCAGUCUUACUGAUCUCUCGUGUAUCACUCUGCCCUUCUCUACUUGUUCAAUAAAAAUAAAAUCAUCUCUUCCCACCAUGCUUUACCAUUUUCA